AUGCGCUCAUUAUCAUGGCUCUUCCUUACUCUGGUUCUUGUUUUUACGCGGCAGGCUUACGCGGCCCAUGUGCAGUUUAAGCACUGCAACGGUCAACCUGAUCUUUACUCAGAUGAUCAUUUCAACCCAAACAGCUUGCUCAUGGCCAAUUACCUCACGCCGAGGGCUUGUGAACGAUCAUUACUCGACAAUGCCUCGGCUGAGGUGAGUUUGGGGGCUGUGGGAGGAACAAAGCGGUAUAACGGCGACAUCGAGAACGCGACGUGUAAGACAAUGGAAUGGAAGCAGAUCAAGAAGAAGGUUUAUCUGCAAGUUGUGGAUGUUAUGUUUAAGAUCGACAAUCCUUCGCCGCUGGCGGCUUAUGAGGUUGAACUCAACAUUGAUGGACGGGAUCAUUUUUCAGCAGCUUGUAUGAGGACCUUUGUAACGCCGGAUAUUGGGCAUACAUUUCAGGAUAUAUCGUUCUGGGGACCUGUUUUGACCUUUAUCUUGGUUGUCUUUGUUGCUGCUUGGCGAGAGUGGUAUAAUCUGGUGCAUCCACUGACUGAUGAUGAUGAAAGUGGUCCGGAGACAAGUUCGAACAGGUCACAUCUUACACGAAUCGCCGACUGCCUUACGUACCUCCAAUUCGUCUUCUUUUCGAGCGCCCUUAGCGUUAAUCAGCCUGGAUUUCUACAGCCGGUCGUCACGGGAGUGAGCUGGUCAGCUCUGAUGCUUCGAACUGGAAUAGUAUGGAGGGAGUCCCAUUACUACGGUAUUCACGAUGGCAUUCACGAGAUCAAUGGCACUUUUGGUGGAACACCGGGCUUGGAACAUAUGACGCAAGUUAUGGCUGCACCGAUGACAAUCAACACAUGGACGAACAUCGCUACUCUCGCGCUCCUCAUCCUCGUCGCCAUCUACGGAACUCUUCAAAUCGGCUUGCAUCUGAGAUGGACAAAAGAUUGGUUCCGACAGACCGGUACUUGGGUUCUUGAGAGUUCAACGAGCGAACGACAUAAAGCCACGAUCUGGGUUGCCCUACAGGUAUUUCUCAGCUAUCUCUUGCUUCCUUUGGCGGCAUGGACGACGUAUCAACUUAGCGGCGCGAAGUUCCGACCUGUUUACUAUACCAUCCUUGUAAUCCUGGUGGUUGUUUUGCUUGUGAUUGCAAGUUGGUGGGGGUUAGCUUCGAGACCACAGAGCAUGGGAUACCUCCUGAUCGACGACAUCCUCAAGCAAAAUCCCAGCGACGAGCCAUCCCGAACUCAGAAUUACUACACAUGGGUUACUUUCAUCCUCCUCUUCGCCCGUGGUGUCAUCAUUGGUGGACUGCAGAGUUUCGGCACUGCGCAAGUGUGCUCUCUGAUAGCAUGCGAAGUCAUUCAGAUCUGUUUCCUGGCAUGGGUUGGAGCAGCGCCUGGGUUGUUGUCGAAACCUGUCCUAAUGGCUGGCGCACGGCUCAUCGUUCUUUUGCUUUGCCUGGGUAUGAUCCCUAAAAUCUGGAGUCAUACUGCAGCCAGUGCGCUCGGCUACAUAAUUCUGAUCUUUCACACCAUUUUCAUCAUCGGCAUGUUCUUGGUACCUGCUGUUCUUCAGUUGGGAGAACUUGCUGCAACGAGCUUCCAUGAGUGGAAGACUUCUCCACCCCGACGUCGCGACUCGACGCAACCUCAGGUCUUUGGUUUGCGCCAACUCGCACGACGCCCUACUAACAGGACCAACCUCUCCGAGAGAGGCAUCAUCGACUACCGAAACAGCUCAUCAAGCUCAGGCCACUCAACACCCGAAUCAUCGAAUUCAUCAUCCAAUCGCGACCCAGAGCCCGUCUCACCAGAAGUGCUCCGCACAUACUUCCGAUCUCCUCGCCCCGAGCGCUCAGUGUCAAGUCUUUCCGACAGAAAUCAGCACUACGAAAUCGCAAGACCCAAACGAUCAGUAUCGUCCUUUUCAGACAGACAUACAAGAUCGAUAUCAAGUCUCUCAAGCAGGAGUCGACACAUCACAUCGCUCGACGUAUCCCGCCCCGAAACUGUCCACGAGAAUCCUCACGAAUACGAGAACCCUCACGAAAGAUCGUCUGAGGGGUCAAGUAGGAGUGAUGACAGCGGUGAUCUAGCAGCGGCCCCUUCGCCGUGGGAAAUGGUGCUACCAUCGCCUCUGGGCGUAGACUAUUCCGUUAGAGAGAUCGAUCGGUACUAUGUCAGGCCGAGGCAAGUAGAGUUUGGUAAUGCUGAUGGUUCGAAUGAGACGGCACAGGCGGCUGGAUGGAUGGAUAAGCUCAAGUUUUGGUCAUGA